AAAGUCUCGUGUUAGUAUGUGGGGAUAGUCAUUGAUUCUUGAAGCGGCCGGGCGUUACAAGUGGUAUCAAAGCAGGGCCUCUCUCCCAGUACGGUGUGGUUCGAGGACGAACCAGGCGGAAGCUGGUGGGCAUGUAACAUCCCAAGCGCUGACGAGGGCUGGAAGUGAUCGCCGGUGCAAAGAGGCACGGACAAGGAGCGGCUCCUGACAGGCUUCCAGUGGGGGGUUACAUGAAUGAAUUGAAUCGACACCCGAAAGAGAGAAAUUCCAAAGACUGUGCAGGUAUGAGACUGCACAGUUUGGGAUAGCUUAUAAGAAUUAAUUGGUACUACCUAUACUAACAAGUUGCAUCUACUUUUCGGUAGCCCGGAACGGAAGAACUCCAUAGUUAAGCGUGCUUGACUUGGGGCAAUUCUGGGAUGGGUGACCUCCUGGGAAGUUCUCCCAGGAAGUGUGUGAGUGAGGACAAAGCAUGCUGAAAAGUAUCGUGUUAGUGUGUGGGGACAGUCGUUGAUUCUUGCAAGUUGUCAGGUGUUACAAGUGGUAUCAGAGCAGCGCCUCUCAUCCAGUACGGUGUGGUUCGAGGACGAACUAGGCGGAAACUAGUGGGCAUGUAACAUCCCGGGCGCUGACUAGGGCAGGGAGUGAUUGCUGGUGCGCAAGGGCACGAACAAGGAGCUGCUCCUGGCAGGCUUCUAGCGACGGGGGUACACGAAUGAAUCGAAUCAACACCCGAAAGAGAGGGAUUCCAGAGACUGUGCUAGUAUGGGACGGUAUAGUUGAGAAUAGAUUAUAAGAAUUAAUUGGUACUACCUAUACUAACAAGAUACAUCUGCUUUUCGGUAGCCCGGUACGGAAGAACUCCACAGUUAAGCGUGCUUGACUUGGAGCAAUUCUGGGAUGGGUGACCUCCUGGGAAGUUUUCGCGGGAAGUGUACGAGUGAGGAAAAAGCACACUGAAAAGUCUCGUGUUAGUAUGUGGGGAUAGCCAUUGAUUCUUGAAGCGGUCGGGCGUUACAUUUACGAUAUUAAGCUAUAUCCGCGGUCGGGCGUUACAUUUACGAUAUUAAGCUAUAUCUAUAUCCCCACACUCUCUGUCUGCCCCCCUUCUCUAUUUCUAUCUUUCAGUAUUCUGUUUUACACUUGUGUACUAACACAUGCAAACAUUUGGACGCACACAUUUUAGAUACUUGCAUGUAUUAACUGACAAAAUUGGUUCUGUUAUCGCACUUCAUAGCUAAUUUGUUUUAGUAUUGUAAUCAUUUCUUUGUUUGUUGAGCUGAUGUUUGCUGCCUCUGUAUGUGGUGCAGGCUCUAAAGUUUAUUGAAUGAACCUUGUUGUUGGGGGCUUGGGGCAUUAUUAAGUAUAUGAGUUUUGCCUUUCCACAAUCUGGAAAAUCUUUCAUUCAAGUAUUCUAUAUGAUAAAAUGGCCAUUAUCUAGUAGAUAAUUUUUUAUAAAUAUAUAUUGAUUAUAACUCAGAGGACAAACCUGGAGCAGUGAUAAAGCUGCUCCAUGGUGACUGAGAGGUCACGGUUUUGAAUCCAUGAAAUAGCCUAUUUGCAAAAAUGAAAGGGUAAAACUGUGUAUAAGGAUUUGACUCACGGCCCUCACCCCUAUUCUUAGAAGUUGGUUUUCAUGGGAAGUGAUUUUUUAUAUAUUGAUUAAAUAUAUUUUGGUACAGUUCAAUUACAUUUCAUAUGUUGCUGAAAGUUCUCAUUUAGACAUAUUUACCAGUGAUAUUGACAGUAUUGGGAAUGGAUUUUUUAAACCAGGAGAUGAGCAUGCUUAGUCCUGAAGGUGAACUUAAAAUUAGUUUUGGAUAUCAAUGCAAUAGUGAUGGAGCUAUCCCUUGCAAGGUUGCCAAUGGCUACACAAUCCUUCCUGAAGUACGUAGAACAAGCAGUUUUUCUUGCUUGUCUGGUGCUGCCGUAAGUGCAAAUGCUACACUAGCCAACACAAAUAUCUGCAAUGGAGUGAUAGGAGAAGAAAUCCUUCCUAGUUUGGACUCUCCUAAUUCUUUUCGUAGGGUACCCUCUUCGCCAAGUUUUCCGAAGUUGGACAUACUAUCAUCUUCUCUUCACAGUAAUAUGUCAAACCUCAGUUGCAGCCCAUCCACUCCAAGUAGUAUGCUUGAAUAUGACCCAUGUACAUUAAAAUCCACGAGUGCUCCUUCCAGAAGUGAAAGUUUUCUUAAUGCUAUGGAAGUACAAGUAGCAGGAGGAGCUGCUGGUGAAGAUAGAGUUCAAGCAGUUUGUUCUGAGGAAAAUGGGUGGCUCUUCUGUGCAAUUUAUGAUGGCUUUAAUGGGAGAGAUGCAGCUGACUUCCUGGCUGGUACCCUUUAUGACACUUUCAUAUCUUAUUUUAAUAUGUUAUGUUGGGAUUUGGAAUCAGAUUCCACCAAAGCUUCUAACAAUGUGGGUUUGGGUGGAUCCUUUCAAUACAAGUUGGAUGAUGGUCUUAUUCUUCAUGAGCAUCAAUCUUCGUCAAGAUUUGAGGGAGACAACAAUUCUAGUCUGAACAUUAGUCCACCUGCCAAGUCAGAAACAUCAUGUAAAUCAUUUUCGCAUGCGGUACUUGAUAGCCUCCAACAUGUGCUUAGUCAGGUUGAGAAUGAUUUCUUGUACAUGGUCGAGCAGGAAAUGGAGGAACGUCCAGAUUUAGUUUCUGUUGGAUCUUGUGUUUUGCUUGUGCUUCUUCAUGGGAAUGAUUUGUAUACACUUAAUCUAGGGGACAGCAGAGCAGUAUUGGCAACAUGUGGCACAGAUGACAGACUGAAUGGGAUUGAGAGCUUGAAAGCUAUCCAGCUUACAGAUAGUCAUACCCUUGACAAUGAAGCUGAAAGAGCUCAACUUCUAGCCAAUCAUCCUGAUGAUCCUAAAACCAUUGUAGCAGGGAGAGUGAAAGGAAAACUGAAGGUUACGCGUGCUUUGGGAGUUGGCUACUUGAAAAAGAAAAAUCUUAAUGAUGCUUUGAUGGGAAUCCUUCGAGUUUCUGAUCUUAAAAGCCCGCCAUAUAUUUCAACUGAUCCAUCACUGAAUGUGCAUAGAAUCUCAAAUUCUGAUCGAUUUGUUAUAAUCGGGAGUGAUGGUUUAUUUGACUUCUUCAGCAAUGAUGAAGCAGUGAAGCUUGUAGAGUCUUAUAUGUUGAACAACCCUUUUGGUGAUCCAGCAAAGUUUCUUGUUGAACAACUAGUAGCAAGAGCAGCUGAUUCUGCAGGUUUCAGCAUGGAAGAGUUGAUGAAUAUUCCUGCUGGUAGGAGGAGAAAGUACCAUGAUGAUGUAACCGUAAUUGUGAUCAUUCUAGGGAUGAAUCAACGUACUUCAAAGGCAUCAAUUUGCAUCUAAAGAUUGACCAAAGAAAAUUUGCAUAUGAAGCUUUUAAGUGGACACCUUGGUCAAGUAGUAUUCUAUAGUUUUAAAGUUAUGAUAGUCAAAGUGUACAUAUGACAUUUUAGAACUAAGAACCAUUAAGUUCCUUUGGUAUUUAAGAAUUUUAUUUGAACACAAGAAAUGUAGAAAAUGCAUUUGUUAUGGUCUUGAUGUAUCUUAUUGGCAACAUUUGCCAUCGCAUACACUGUUAGAUGUU